AUGCGGCUCGUGGCGCUGGUGGCGGCCGUGCUGCUCGCGCGGGUGCUGGCGCCGGAGGUCUGCUGGGCCCUAAAUGUCACUGUGACCCCACGGCCUGUGGCUGACUACCAGGAGGGGGAGAAUGCCACACUCCUGUGCCAUGUGUCCCAGAAGAGGAGAAAGGACAGUCUCCUGGCUGUGCGUUGGUUUUAUUCUCGCCCGGAUUCUCCUGAGUCCUUGAUGGUGAAGAUGACCAAGUUUCGGCUGGUGCAGUACUAUGGGAAUUACAGCCGCAGCACCUACCGGCAGAGGUUGCACCUGCUAGAGAAGAGGCGCGGGACACUCUACAUGCUCUCUGUUCUGACCCUUAAGCCAGCUGACCAAGGGCACUAUGCUUGCAAAGUUCAGGAAAUCGGCAAGCACAGGAAUAAGUGGACAGUCUGGUCAAAUGGUUCCUCGGGGACAGAAAUGAGAGUGACUUCUCUCAAAGCUCCUGAAGAUUCAUCCUUUGAGAAAAAAGGUACAUGGACAUUUUUUGAAGAUCUCUACGUUUAUGCUGUGUUUGUGUGCUGCCUGGGCAUACUCAGCGUUUUGCUCUUCACCCUGGCCAUUGUCUGGCAGUCUGUGUUCAACAAGAGGAAAUCUAGAGUGAGACAUUAUUUGGUGAAAUGUCCUCAAAACAGCUCAGGGGAGACUGUCACCAGUGUAACCAGCUUGGCCCCACUACAUCCCAAGAAGGGCAAAAGGAGGAAGGAGAAAGCUGACAUUCCUCCUGCUGUUCCUGUUAAAGCUCCCAUAGCCACUGCAUUUCACAAACCGAAGCUGCUCAAGCCACAAAGAAAGGUUACCCUGCCAAAGAUUGCUGAGGAGAACUUGACCUAUGCUGAGCUGGAACUAGUUAAACCACACCAAGCAGCCAAAGGCACCUCCACUAGCACCGUCUAUGCCCAGAUCCUCUUUGAGGAGAACAAACUAUAACCACAUGCCCUUUCCUGUGGCCCUAUUUAAUACCCGCCACCCCAGUUAUUUAUGAACCUUUGGAAACAUAGUUCUUAUUUUUGUAUUUUUGCUGGUGCCUUUUGUAGGGGAGCUGUCCCCCACUUUCUGACAGUGGUUAUGUGCCU